UUGAAAGGGGUGGGGCCAGGGACGGUCAGGCUGGGGAGGAAGUGUGCGGUGACAUCAGAGGAAGACACUUCAGUCCAGGGGAGGAGCCGGUACACUUGUGCAAGACUGGAGGGGAGGAGCCGGUACACCUGUGGAAGACUGAAGGGGAGGAGCCGAUACACCUGUGCAAGACUGAAGGGGAGGAGCCGGUACACCUGUACAAGACUGAAGGGGAGGAGCCGGUACACCUGUGCAAGACUGAAGGGGAGGAGCCGGUACACCUGUGCAAGACUGGAGGGGAGGAGCCGGUACACCUGUGCAAGACUGAAGGGGAGGAGCCGAUACACCUGUGCAAGACUGGAGGGGAGGAGCCGAUACACCUGUGCAAGACUGGAGGGGAGGAGCCGGUACACCUGUGCAAGACUGAAGGGGAGGACGAUACACCUGUGCACUGAAGGGGAGGAGCCGAUACACCUGUGCAAGACUGAAGGGGAGGAGUCGGUACACCUGUACAAGACUGAAGGGGAGGAGCCGGUACACCUGUGCAAGACUGAAGUGGAGGAGCCAAUACACCUGUGCAAGACU